AUGGAUAUUUCAUUAGACAGGAAGACAUGCACGGCCAUUGACAAAGGAAUAGCAGGAAAGUUUGAGCAAAUAUCUAUUGUGCUCAAAGAAUCUGGCCUUUACAUACAGGCGGUUGACAAGUCAAAAAGCAUUGUUGUUGACCAUUACAUAGACAGAAUGGUUUUAGACCCAUACACAGCAGAGAGCGAGGGCACGACUAUUCCAUACACUAAAUUUCUCUUGAAAGGCAUGGAGAGGCUAACAAUAGCAAGAAAAGGCGAGCUUCUAAAGAUGACAUGGGCAGGAGAAGGCAUUUUCUUAGAAAAACACCGUACACGCUUGAUUUCGAGUGGACUGAGGUAG